AUGAGAAUCAAGACAAGCUCUGAGCUCAUGCUCUUCUUCCCGUUUUUUGCUGCUCUUUGCCUCGAGGCAUUUAACGUGGAGACAACAGUUUACUGUCCCUAUCAGAAGAUGAACUGGACGGAGGCGAGACUGUACUGCCAGAAGAACCACAUUGACCUUGCAAAUUGGAACACAGUGGACGAAUUCAUGCUGGCUGACUUUUUGUUGCACAUUGAGGUCCAACAAGCCUGGAUCGGUCUACUCAGAGACCCUGGAAACGCCUCAGCCUGGAGGUGGAUAAAUGUAAAAAGUGGAAAGGGGAUCUCAGGAGGCGACCUCUCACAGAGCAGCUACUGGGCCGAUGGAGAGCCCAGCAGCCACUGUGCAGCUGUGAAAGAGAAUUCAAAGUGGUACAGUUUGUCGUGUUCAGAUGGACAUGGUUUAUACUGCUUGGAAAAUGGUAAAAUUAACUAUUACAGCAAAAACCUUACCUGGUACAGCGCUUCUCAGUACUGUAAGACUGAAAGUAAAGGUGACCUAGCCACCAUCACCAUGAGAAACACUAAUGAAUUAAUGAGACCUGGCUGGAUUGGACUGCACAGAGAGGCUGGGGAGACCUGGCGCUGGAUCGGAGGUCCGACAACUGACUACAGAAACUGGGCCGACGGAGAGCCACUCACCGCUGACUGUGGCUUUUUUAAUCCAGGAAAAAUAAAAUGGCACAGCGGCGCGUGCUCCGACGAGCUUAGGUUUGUCUGCUAUGAUGACGACAUGGUGGUGGUGAAGGAGAACAGGACAUGGGAGAAUGCCCUGAAGCACUGCAGGGCCAUGGAACCCCUGUGUGAGGGCUCGAGUCCCUGCAAUCACACCUACGACCUCCUGAGCCUGAACGUCAUGCCUGAGCAUCAACUGAACGUCAACUACGUCCUCGACAGGAUCUACGGAGCCACGACCGAGGAGGUUUGGAUGGGCCUGCGCUUCCUGGGUGGGGAGUGGUGGUGGACAGACGGAACUCAGCUGGAAGACGAGGGGACGCUGCCUGACUGUCCGUCCCGGUGGGAACAGUGUGGGACCCUGUCCAAAAACAACAAGAGGAACUUGUUCACCAGGGACUGCUCAGAAAGAAGAAACUUUGUCUGUUACAAAUUACAAGGCGGUGAUCAAGCAAAGCCAGGGCAGGUCUAGAAGCUUUCAGUUCUCCGUUGUUGGAGCCUGUUUGGUCUGUAGGGGUACACACUGAGUUCUCUCUAUCACAAGAUUCUGUGUUCUUCAGUGAUAAUCUUUUAUUGAAAUUUGAAGAUUAGAUACUUAGAUAUAUAUAUACAUAUAUGAUGAUAAAGGUAAAAAGUAACAGGAUAUAUUCUUUCUCACUCUCUGGCAAAUGAUAAAUCAGGAAAUAUAUACUGUAGAUUAGAUACUCAUAUAUAUAUAUAUAAAUAUUUUA